AUGGAGCGGAAUGCCCCCGGAUCCAAGACGAGCAUCGCUGUUCGUCUCCUAGAAGGUUGGGAGCCGCCGCAAGCGGAGAGGCGCUGUUCCUCAGGAGCACAUCGAGUUGCUGCGGAAGAAGAAUCUACUUGGCGUUCCUCAGUUGACGGACAUAGCCAGAAGUACGGCGUGACCUGGCCGGACUUGACGCGAAUCCUGUUGGCUGGGGAUUCGGGGAGGCCCGCAAAAGUACUCCCCCGAAACGAGAGCGGUGCGCGGUGGAAGCGCUGGCUGUCGGGAGAUGAGGCCGGGGACACGGACGCCGGACGGAGGGGGCCGCUCCUGCGGACGACGGUUGAAAACCAUGUUUGUGAGCGUCCGGGGCCGUGGCUUGCGGCCAAACCUGGUGUUAGGAACAAGUGCAAGGCGGAGGUGGUAGAGAAACGGGUGGAGAGGAUUGGAUUGGCAACCGGGGUCAUAUGUUUGAUGAUGAAGGCUUUGGCGAAGCAGGAACCCGAGCGGUUCGUCGACCCCGGGGGCUUUUUAAUCGACAGCGGGCGCUUCUUGGUUUGA